AUGGAAGAGGACCACCUCAUUGAGAUGAAGCGCCUUGCCAGGGUGACGCACAUCCCAGAGGAGAAAUGCCUUCCAGACAAUCUCCUCAAGAACCACCUCAUGGAAAAGCGCGUCAUUGAGGAGAAGCGCUUCAUGGAGGAGAAGCGCUUCAUGGAGGAGAAGCGCUUCAUUGAGGAGAAGCGCUUCAUUGAGAAGCGCUCCAUGGAGAAGCGCUUCAUGGAGGAGAAGCGUCUCUCCAGAGUGAAGUACCUCGCAGAAGUGAAGCAUCUCCAGGAGAAGCAUCUCAAGGAGAAGCGCUUUGCGGAGGAGCGCAUCAUGGAAGAGAAGCGCCCCAUUGAGGUGAAGCGCCUCGCCAAUGUGAAGCACCUCACAGAGCAGAAGUGCCUUCGAAACAAGAUCCUCAAUGACGUGAAAUGCGUCAUGGAAAAGCGCCUUUUUGAGGAAACGCGCUUCAUGGAGGAAAAGCGCCUUCGUGAGGUGAAGCAUCUCGAGGAGAAGCAUCUGGAGGUGGAGAAGCAUCUCGCCAUUGUUAAUGCCUCAGAGGAGAGGCGGGUGGAGGAAGACAAUCGCCUCUUUGAGGUGAAGCGUCUCAUAGAGCUGAAGCAUCUCGAGAAGAAGAAGCAUCUUGAGAGUCGGCUUUGCAAGGUGAAGCUUGUCGAGGAGAAACGUCUCAUGCAGAAGUGCCUCAUUGAGGCGAAACUUCAGGAGAAGCACUUGAUGGAGGAGAAGCAUCUAGUGGAGGAGAAGCGUCUAGUGGAGCAAAAGUGCCUCAUGGAGGAAAAGCGCCUAGAGGAGGAGCAGCGCCUCGCCAAGAUCGAGCAACACUGGCUCCAGACCGCUAUCACCAGCAGCACCACCACCACCGACACCGCCUCUGGCAACACCGCCAGCGCCACCGUCGCCGCCACCACCACCGCCGCCACUCCUGCCUUUGAAGCGAAGUCAGAGGUUGUGCAGAAGGAGACGAAGGAGACGAAGGAAGAGAUGAAGGAGAUGGAGAAUGAAGUAGAGAUGGAGGAGAAAUUGGAGGAAAAGAAGGCAAAGGAGGACGAGAUUGUGAUGGCAGUUUGUCCGUUAGAAGAGUCGGGGGGAGCAUCUGGCGAAGAUCUGGGAGCCCUCACGCCCCCUCGACUCUUUGUGAUCCUCGCCUUCGUCUCCUGCUCCGCACGCAGAGACCCGGACUGUGCGAGAGACGCUGUGAGUUCUGUGCACCCUGCUCUACAAGUUGCUACCAUGGAGAUGAGCCGAGGUGGAGAGGCGAGGAGUAAGGGCGAAUCUUGCACCACGUGGAGUGCGCUGUCCUCAGAGGGCACCGCCUCCAUCUGCAGCAAAUCACCGCAAGAAAUCAUGGCUCUCUUUGGCCCUCACUUGACCAACCGUGAGAAGCUAGAACUCGCAGCCAUGCAGGAAGUGUGGUACUUUGCACUUUUCAACAAAUCUGAGGGAUGCAACAAUGAUGGAUACGACGACUACGAACGAAAUUACAUUCUGUUCCGGCAUGAGCACCUCCGCUAUCGCUAUGAGGUGCUGAAGAAGAUUGGAGAAGGAGGUCAAGGCCAGGUGAUCCAGUGCCUUGAUCACAAAAGGAACAUCCUGGUGGCCAUCAAGAUCCUGGUGUCACCAUCGAGCUCCAAGCAAGAAAUAUACCAGAAGAUGGAGCUCCAGAUAGCUCUGGAACUUCAGGACGAGGGCAGUGAUGAAGAUUUCAACGUCAUCAAAGUCCUGAACAUAUUUCAUUUCAGAGGACACGACUGUAUCGUCAUGGAGCUGUUGAAGGAGAGCCUUCAUGAAGUGAUUAGGAAUGCGGGGCUCCGGCGGUUGGACAUGGCGAUGGUGAAAACCUACACCAGGGGUAUCCUCAAGUUCCUGCGCCACAUCAAUUCCAUGAAAAUCGUCCACGCGGACAUCAAGCCAGAAAAUGUUCUCGUCAAAGACACCGUGACUGGCACCGUGAGGAUCACGGACUUUGGCACGAGCUUUUUCGUGGAAAGUCAACCUAUGAAUGUUGGUGGCACCCUAGAAUACUUGGCUCCGGAGCUGUUGCUGGGCUAUAGCUUGACAUGUGGAGUGGAUAUGUGGGCGCUGGGCUGCACGGUGGCGGAGUUGGCGACGGGCAGGGAAUUAUUCCGGUCCAACAGCCACGAAGAUCACCUCCCGCGCUGCAUAGAGAUUCUGGGGAUGCCUCCAAGGUACAUGGUGAAUGGAGCACCCGACAGAACGCAGUUCUUUGACCAUCGGGGGAAGAUGUUCUGCCCAGGCAAGAAAAGGGUUCCGGGGAGCUUCCCACUUCACAGGGUGCUCAAAAGCGAUGACCCGGAGUUUGUCGAAUUCAUCAGCUCCUGUUUGCGAUGGGAUCCGAAUUGUCGUAUGACGCCAGUGCAGGCGCUGGCUCAUAACUGGCUCCGGACUGCGGCCACCAGCACCACCACGGCCAGCAAAGCCACCACCACCACCGCUGCUGCUCCUGGCAGUGUGAAGCACUCUGGAGCUGCUGAGCGACGAGUGGAGCCGGCACAGCGCCCAUCCUCCUUGCUCGCCCAGGCCUCUAAAGAGAAGUUGAAGGUUGUGGAGGAAGAAGAGACCAUGGUGGAGGAGCUGGUGGUGCUGGAGGAGGAGGAGACUCUGGUGGAGGAGUUGGUGGUACAAGAGGAGACUCUGGUGGAGGAGUUGGUGGUACAGGAGGAGACCCUGGUGGAGGAGUUGGUGGUACAGGAGGAGACGCUGGUGGAGGAGUUUGUGGUACUUGAGGAGACGCUGGUGGAGGAGUUGAUGGUACAGGAGACGCUGGUGGAGGAGUUGGUGGUACAGGAGACGCUGGUGGAGGAGUUGGUGGUACAGGAGACUCUGGUGGAGGAGUUGGUGGUACAGGAGACUCUGGUGGAGGAGUUGGUGGUACUUGAGGAGACGCUGGUAGAGGAGUUGGUGGUACAGGAGACCCUAGUGGAGGAGUUUGUGGUACAGGAGACGCUGGUGGAGGAGUUGGAGAUACAGAAGGAGACCCUUUUGGAGGAGUUGGUGGUACAGGAGACUCUGGUGGAGGAGUUGGUGGUACAGGAGACUCUGGUGGAGGAGUUGGUGGUACUUGAGGAGACGCUGGUGGAGGAGUUGGUGGUACAGGAGACUCUGGUGGAGAAGUUGGUAGUACUUGAGGAGACCCUGGUGGAGGAGUUGGUGGUACAGGAGACCCUGGUGGAGGAGUUGAUGGUACAGCAGGAGAAGAGGAAGCAAGGGAGCCUGGCCCGCAUAGGGAGAGCCAUCCGCUCACUCCUCCGACGUGUGCUGCUUUGUGGUGGCCGGUCCACUGCACAGUAGGGGUGGUAGAGGUGGUGGAUUGGUGUGAACCCUGACGACUUUCACCACACUCAAAACACUCACCCUGCACCCAACCACCUUGUGAUACCCUCCACCCACCACCCACACCUUGCACCCACCCAGUCCUUGAUACCCCGCACCCACCACACACACCCUGCAUCCACCACACUCACCCUGCACCCACCCACCCUGUGAUACCCUCCACCCACCACCCACACCCUGCACCCACCACACACACCCUGCAUCCACCCACCCUGUGAUACCCUGCACCCACCACCCACACCCUGCACCCACCACACUCACCCUGCACCCACCACCCACACCCU